UAUAAGAACAUUUUAUGCGCUGGAAAGAUCUGGAUCAAGUGUCAUUUCCCUCAUACAAUAUCAAAAUUAAUUAAUUUGCGCCUUUGCCUGCUUUCUCCAAUUUCUAACUCCCAAUUUCCCGAGAUCCAUCUUCAUUGAUCUGCCCUAGAUAUGUCUUACGCAUAUCUUUUCAAGUAUAUCAUCAUCGGCGAUACCGAUGAGUAGAUCAUCAUUGGAUUUCAUUAGAUGAAUGUCAUACAUUUGGAACUGUUAUCGUCUCCAAUAUGAAUCUGCUCCGUAUACAAGAGAAAAGUUGGGGAAUUUGAUGGAUAAGCAUACAUGGGUGGGGAAGUCAUGUCUUCUUCUACAAUUCACGGACAAGCGUUUCCAGCCUGUGCAUGACUUGACCAUUGGAGUCGAAUUUGGGGCUCGGAUGAUUACAAUAGACAACAAACCAAUUAAACUUCAAAUAUGGGAUACGGCUGGUCAAGAAUCCUUCAGAUCCAUCACAAGGUCAUAUUACAGAGGAGCUGCUGGUGCACUUUUGGUCUAUGAUAUCACUAGGAGAGAAACCUUUAAUCACUUGGCAAGCUGGCUAGAAGAUGCAAAGCAGCAUGCAAAUCCAAACAUGACAAUUAUGCUAAUAGGCAACAAAUGUGAUCUUGCCCAUAGAAGGGCCGUUAGCACAGAAGAAGGAGAACAAUUUGCAAAAGAACAUGGGUUGAUAUUCAUGGAAGCAUCUGCAAAAACUGCUCAGAAUGUAGAGGAGGCUUUUAUUAAAACAGCUGGAACGAUAUAUAAGAAGAUCCAAGAUGGAGUAUUUGAUGUUUCAAAUGAGAUAAUGUUGCCAAUUUAUGAGUGACAUCUCCAUUCACCUUAUUGCUUACCUUACUAAAAUUCAAAAAUACCCUUCAUAUGGAAUAAAAGUAGGUUAUGGUGGAAUUCCCGGGCCAUCUGGAGGCAGGGAUGGUUCCUCUUCUCAAGUUGGAGGUUGCUGCAGUUGAGAUUUGUCUUAGCGCACCAUAGACAUUAUUUGCUGCUCUUCCUGGGCGUUGUGUAUACUCCACAACUUGGCAUUGCCAGUAAAUUUGUUGUUAUCAUGCUUGCAGUUAUGUUGUGACUGUAUAUCUGACAAUACAGAUGGGAGUGCGAGCAAAAAAGCAUACAUGUUUUUUGUUCUAGUUGUGGGUUUGUUCUACCUAUAUGUUUUGUGCAAAUGUAGAACCAGUUCUUUUAUUUAGUCUUGUCUUAUUUUGUUGAACCA